AUGCCUUACCGUGCAAAGCCUGUAGGGGUUCCUGGCUGGAUUUCAUUCCUCGGGGGCCUGGCACUGAAUGAAGGUGUCAACUGGCUGAUCAAACACGUCAUCCAGGAGCCUCGGCCCUGUGGAGGCCCACACACAGCAGUGGGCACUAAGUACGGGAUGCCCUCCAGCCACUCCCAGUUUAUGUGGUUCUUCUCUGUCUAUUCCUUCCUUUUCCUGUAUUUAAGAAUGCAUCAAACAAAUAACGCCAGGUUCUUGGACUUGCUGUGGAGGCAUGUGCUCACCCUAGGGCUCCUCACUGCAGCCUUUCUCGUCUCCUAUAGCAGGGUCUACCUGCUGUACCACACCUGGAGCCAGGUACUCUAUGGGGGUAUUGCUGGAAGCCUCAUGGCCAUCGCUUGGUUCAUCUUCACCCAGGAAGUUCUCACCCCACUGUUCCCCAGGAUAGCAGCCUGGCCCAUCUCCGAGUUUUUCCUCAUCCGGGACACGAGCCUCAUCCCCAAUGUGCUCUGGUUUGAGUACACAGUAACCAGGGCAGAAGCCAGGAACAGACAACGCAAGCUGGGGACAAAGCUGCAGUGAUUGGUGGGCGUGGCUGGGUCAAGCCCCCAAAUCUGGCCUGCG